GCGCGCCCACUGAGCAUACUCGGCGCUUCUUGCACCGGUAUUAUUACAGAAAAAGCGCAUAGAGAAUGCCUACCAAGCAACUCGACGCAAGGCUAUGCUCGCCGACUAUGGUCUCACCGAAGAAGAUGCUCACCUGCUGCCCGCCAUGCUGCCGCUCUCCCCAAGCGUAUUGGAUCUCAGAGCAGCAGCACGUCCACAUCCCUACGUUGAAGCGGAGCUGGACCAACAAGAGGCGCCGUCUCGUCCCGACGAGGAUUUCCAAGAAUCGGGACUAGCUCCUACUCUCUCUGCAAGUCAGUCAUCCACAUUGUCCACGCGGCGCUUCCGAUCGGAUGGGUUCGAGGCCGUAGACGAAGAGGAAGCGCGUCCGAUGCUGCUCAAUCCUUAUGCGGCAGCUUCCUCCCUGCCUCUAGACUUGCGAAACUCCACGUCGCCCACACACGGCCUUCUGUGUGCUCAUCGCAACAGCAUCAGUGAUCCGUCAGUGUCGAGUGGGCAUGUGGACACCUUCGACAAGAAUUGUCGAAGAUGCGAUGACCGCGGCAAGAUGGGCACCUCAUCGACCCAGGCGCAAAGUGGCGCUCUCUUGGUCGACGACCGCUUCUCCGCCGAAGUCAUCAGCGCCAUGCAUACCAGGCUCAGUAGGUCUGGUGCGUUCAUAGAUCUGAGCCCGCGCUGGCACAUCGUCGCUGUUACGCGCUCUUUGAAUGGAAGAGCCGCCAAUGAGCUCCGGGAGUUGGGCGUAGAGGUGGUGGAAGCGGACUUGCAAAAGCCUGAAAGCAUCGCCGCCGUUCUCAAAGCUGCUUACGCGUGCUUCAUUCCGCCAUACUGCCUUUGGGGCUGGCCACUAGCGCCCCGCAUGCUGGACGCAUUGGACAUGCCUGGCGGCCUCAUCGAUCAGCUCUGCACCGCGGAGUGCUCCGUCGAGGUUGUCAUCUACGAGUGGGUUUGCAGCGGUAGAGCGAAAAUCUUCCAACGCGCUGACGAGACGCUACAGUGCGAUCGAGACUAUCCGUGCGGAUUGUAGCCAGCCUCCGGCGUCAAUACUGAAGAGCAACACCAUCGAUGUCAAGCUACGACAGGCGAACGCCGCUGGACACCUCAAAUGCGUGACGACGUUGGACAAUGUGGUACCGUGAGUGGAUUCAUUGUUGCGUAGAGGAUGCACGACUCAGGCACACGUCGAGCCUCCGCAGCUU